UUCAACACCUCCUCCACCGCCACCUCGUCCGUGCCACAGCCGUCGCCGUCGCCGCUUGCUGACCAUGAAGAGGACUGUACCAUUUGGAGAGCAAGUAGAUAUAUCUUCAGAUGAAGAUGAUGUUAAACCAGAUAAUGAUCUUAAUAAACUGCUCACCAAAACGUUUAUUGAUGACCAACAUCUGGAAGAAUUAUUUGAAGACGACUUGGUUAGGAGUUGUAGAAUGUACCAAGAAUACAUGCAGAAGCUACCGAUACCUUCUCACCAUGGCUCAGUUAUUCCGUUUACCUCGUGGAUGGGGUUAGCUGCAUCCCUUAAGAGGGUAUAUGGGCAGCCGCUCCAUUACCUUACCAACAUCCAAAUGAGGCAGUGGGAUCAAUUGAGGAUUGGCGCUGCAAAAGAGGGCGUUCCGUUGGAUACCAUCAUCCAUCCUAGUAAAGCAGAAGCCAGCAUCUGGGCUAUCGAAGAAAUUCAUAGGCGUACCUCCUCUCAUCUUUAUCUAUCGAAACUCUGGCAAGCUGAUCCUAGGCAUUACGCUUACAUUGAUCCUAUCGUCCCAAAGCUGCCAAUGCCACCAAAGUAGGUUCUUUUCUGUCAUCUUGCCGCCCGUGUAAAGUAAAUAUUAUGCCAAAACUCAAACCCCCCUCCCCCAAGACUUGUUGCAGACUAUUCAAAUUUAUUUUCCCGGUUAUGCUCAUCUGAGUAGGUCUGUUCUACUAUUUAGGUUUUAGGGAGAUAUUGCAUGGUUGCUACCAUUCAUAUCGUUUACCAUAGGGGGAAGUUUUUAUCAUGGAUGUUUUCCUCCUUGCUUAAUAUGAUGAUGGAAAUGACAAAUUUAUUCACAUU